AUGUCUCAACAUGUAUAAGCUAAUAUAUAAUACUCUUUUCCUAAAGCUAAAAGAUUUAGAAGACUUCAUACUCCUUGUUCAACAGACUAUUAUGAACCUAAUUAUUUUCGUAGUACCAGAGCUUCUGGAUUUGGAUAUGGGAAUAAGUUCGAUUUUACAAAAACUUAACCCUAUACUGAAACUUAUUAUGAUGCAACUAGUUCUUUUUAAAAUAAUAAAGGUGCAUCCUUUGGAUUAAGUAGAAACAUGGUCAAAAACAGAUCUUAUUUACAAUAUAAUAAUGUUCCAGGUCCAGGCUCCUAUGAUUAAAGCCCAAAUAAAACUAUUUCUUACUCUAUAGGAUAAAGAGUUACACUCAAUCAUCAUAUUACAGAUAUGCCAGGUCCUGGUGCAUAUGAUCCUAAUAUUAAUUAACGUAGAAGCAUUUCCAUCAACAAAGGUCCUGAUAGAUUCUCAACUGAAUCUACAUUUUUCCCAGGACCUGGAGAAUAUAAUGCUUAACUUUUAUAAACUAAACCUAAAUGUAGAUUUGGCAGUGCUAAAAGAAAGUGUUUUAUUGAUGAUGCUGUUAGAGCAGCUAAGAAGAGUGGAGGUAUUUCUUAUUCUUAAAUAUUAAACUAGUCCCUGGACCAGGUAACUAUACUUCUAUUACUUAAUUUGUACAAUUAGAUAAAUCAAAAGGUCGACCAUCUACUGCAAAACAUUGA